UGGGUUUAACCGUGUAGGAGGUUAUGCUGCAGUACUAGAACUGUCAGUUCUGAUCGGUGGGAUCGAUUGGUUUAGUAUGUAAUCAACCUGUUACAUAAUAUAAGAAAUAAUUGAAAGUUAGUUUUACCUUUUUCUGGAACGCAAUAAACCGUUGAUAAGUUCUGUCAGUCGAAUAUCUUCGCAAUGGGGGUAUUUCUGUCCUGCUGCAAAGGUGGCGGGGAAGAUCUGUUGACGCCAGACGCGGAAACUAAAAGAAAGCGUAUGGCCGAAGCGGCAGAAAGAAGGCUCAAGGAAAACGAGUCCAGGGGCGUCAAGAACCUGGAAAGCGUGAAGAGGAUGCAGGAAAAGGACAGGGAAAGAGAGAGGCUGGAGAAACUUCAACAGGUGCGAGGAGACAAUGGUCCUGCGCUGAAGUGGACGGUGUCGUAAGGAGAGACAGUCACUGACCGAACGCUUAUCAUGUCCUACAUCUCUCAAUUUCAAUGUUUAUUGUUUCGUUGUGCACCCAUCGCAUUUUAUCCAAUCUCAGGUUGUUUAAAUUGUUCAACUGGUCCAGGGAGCAUCACAUUAUUGUCAAAUUAUAAGGGAUAAGUAUUUAUAUAUAUUAUAAUAAUACUAAUAGAAUUACUUCU